AUGUCUUCCCCACCAUCUCCGUCAGCAUUCGCUCAGGCAAUCGCCCCACUGCUGAUAGGUUCUAUUUUAGCAUGCCCCCUCUACGGUAUUGCAGUCGCACAAGGUAUCUCAUACUACCGUAAUUAUCCUUGCGACCGCAAGUUCGUGAAGUACUCCAUUGCAUUGUUGCUCUUGAUCGACAGCGCUCACACCUUCAGCUUGGCGAAUGCAGCCUUAGUUUGGUAUCUUCGAGCCGUCCCAAACCCUCAAUAUCCAGCAGGAAUGAUUAUUUCUACCUUUUUCUCUUAUGUGACGACUUCCUUCGUCCAGAGUGCAUUCACCUUGAGGGUGUGGAUCAUGUACAGGAAACAGUGGCUGAUCCCCUCAAUUCUUCAGAGUCCUUACCUGGUUUCGGGCCCCAAGGCGGUCCUUGUUCUCUGUCAACUUGUCGGCGGGCUAGGCAUGGCAGUGAAUAUGAGAACCAGUGGUUCAAUCAACGGACUCCACGACUCUAACAGCACCAUCUUCGGAAACUUGGAGUUAGCGAGUGCGAUGAUAUGUGACAUCAUGAUAUCUGUCACUCUCGUUUAUUCCCUCCAUAAGAAUCGAUCUGGGAUAAAGACGUCCGAUGCUAUGAUCGACAAGUUGAUCGUCUACUUCAUCGGUAUUAGCACGCUUUCUAGUGUCUUCGCUCUGAUUAACCUGGUCACAUGGGUGGCAAUGCCCAAGAAUGUCAUUUUCGUGAUAUUCCACAGCGUCAUCAGUAAACUCUACGUCAAUUCACUACUCGUCACACUUAACUCUCGGCAACAAUUUCGCCACAAUCUUGCCAACGAAACGGAAGUCGGUAAGCACCUUGCCGCAUCACGCUUCCUACCUUACGAGCAUGAUCAUAUAGACGCGACAAAGGACGACGGUGCCAUCGUACUGUCGACAUUCGUGGCAGUGGGAUGA